AUCAAGAAAGAUAUUUUGACUAUCAUCGGAUGUCCAUCAUAAGCUUUUUCGACGAAUUAUUUGGUAAAAUAAGAUACAAGUUUUGAGUGGUGAAUGCAGUGAAAGAAAAACAAAAUGUGUAUUAUUUUUCUAUACAAUGGAGAAAACGACAAGGAAAGUGAUUUUAGACUUAUUGUAGCUUCAAAUAGGGAUGAAUAUUUUUCCCGCGCAGCGCACUGCCUAGCUGCUUGGAAAGAGAAUUCAAAUAUUUACGGAGGGAGAGAUUUCCAAUCUGGUAAGGAAGAAGGAACAUGGUUUGGAAUAAACAUUGAAUUAAAGAAAAUUGGAGUCCUUCUAAAUCUACCUGGAACCACUGGAGAAAAUGUUAUAAGUAGAGGAAACAUUGUUAGCGAGUAUUUAAUGAAUGUAACUCCAGCCUCAAAGUAUAUUGAAACUUUACAAACUGUUAAUAAAUAUAAUGGAUUUGUUUUAGUUACCGCUGAGUUCAGAAAUUCUUGUCCUAUUAUUCAAACUUAUAACAAUGAAACAAACGAGUGGAAUGUAUGGAGUGAUGAAAUUUUAGGCUUCAGUAAUAGUGUACCUGUAAAUCCAUUGAAAAAGGUUGACUACGGCAAAUCUUUACUAAAACAAAUAUGUCAGAAACAUAAAAAAGAAAAUACAAAGAAAUAUUUAAUUGAGGAAUUAUUGGGUCUUUUACAAAAUAAAGAAAGCCAACUCCCAGAUCCACAACUUGAAAAGAGAAAACCAAAGAUGUUCAAAGAGUUAAGUUCCAUUCAUGUAAGAAUUCAAGAACAAUAUGGGACAAGAGCACACACAUUAUUUAUUUUAACUAAGUCUGGCCACAUAGACCUCAUAGAAGUAAGUCUGGAAUCGCCAAUUAACUUGGAGAACCCCACGUGGAAGAGAAGUGAAUAUCAAUUUAAUAUUUAUUAUUAAAUACCUCAGUAUAAAAAGUAUUUACAU